AUGCCGCAAAAAUGGAUGUGUCCGGAUUGUAUAAGUAAACAGCCGCGUAAAGACAAUUCGGAUACGCCAAUUAAGGUGCUAACAGAUCUUAAUAAAAGCGAAUCUUCAGCGUCUUCACCAUUAGAGUAUUGUGACUCCGAUGACAAAUGGUCACAAAUUAUGCAGGAACUUAAAUCCGAAAUAAUAUCAAUGCGCCAAGAAAUUAAUAACUUUAGCGCAAAAUUUGAUAAAGUUUAUACGGCGGUAGGCGAUUUAUGCAAGCGAGUCGACUGUAUGGAACACAGAUUAGAUGCGCUUGAGCAACAAAAAAAUUGUUAA